UCCAUCUUCAAUCAAUAGCACAAAUAGUCGUCCAGUUCCGUCUCACUCACAUGAACACGACCACAAAAAAUGCUGACUUGCCAAGACACGACACUGAUAGAUACACAACAAACCACAUGCAUCACUCGAUAAAGGCGAGCCCCUUCCAAGGCUAUCAUCUCCUGCCGCAAUCAACCAAGGUGUAGACCCUCCCUUCCCCACCCAGUCAGUCAUCAGUCAUCAGUCAUGCUGCCGUCGUUUUGUGAAGCCUGGCCUCUAAGUGCAGGUAUGGCUCCUUCUCUGUCGUGCCCAUCCACACACGAUAGCUCAAAUCUCCACCUUCAGCCCUGAUAAACUCGCGACGCAGCGACGUGGUCCGCUUGCCCGAGGCGAGCGGCGACCGGACGAUGCCCUCCACGCCCGUGGUUGACAGGCUGAGCACUCCCUCGCUCGUCACCUUGCCCACCUCCACCUCAGAGAGGCCAAAGGGGUGGCUCAGCGACAGGUCAACAGGCACAGCUGCAAGUGACGACCCUCCAGCAGCGUCCACCAAUCGCAUAAAGCCGGUCUCGGUGUGCAUAGGGUUGCCCUCGUGCUUGUUCGUGGUGCGGGACGUCCACCCAAACACGCCCGCCUUUGCCGUGGGCUGAAUGCUCAGCACCUCGGUGUACUCCUUGGCCACCGAGCCGUCCGACUUGAACACCUUGCCCUCGCCCUCCCACACGCCUUGCAGCCACUCCACUGCGUUGGUGGUCACAGGGACAGCCGCCGGGGUCGACAUGGCGUGCUGUUGGUGGUCCUUGCCCCAGGUCCACGGCUGGAAGAGAGAUGCCGUCUGCUCCAGGGCCGACCGCUGGUCCCUCACAUGCGCUGCCAGCACCUUCCCAAGCCAGCUCCUCGUAGAGAUGCGACCUACCGCUGGUCCGAAUCCUCGAGGGAGCUUCAGCUCCACCAUCUCGUCGUCAUCACCCCUCUCACCACUUGAAGGCUCACUGCUGGUCUUGUCUGCGGCCGCAUGCCGAAGCACUGGAGCUGGCAGCCUCCUCUCGCGGCUGAGAUGCAGUGUUGGAUGAGAGAGUACGGCUUUCGAAGCCCUGGGAGUGACGAUAAGGGCUUCCGAAGGUGAGAAGAUCAGGGAACUCACCUGUAGCAACUUCCUGAGGCGCGAUGGCAUUGACAGAGAUCACGUGUGCCGAGAGGAGCGAAAG